UACUUUAAAUAAUUUUUUUAUGUGUAAAUAUUUACUUAUAACACGCUAUAAACAAAGUAUAAAUUGUCAGAUAUGACAAUUGUUAAUGAUUGAUAUAACUGAAUACAUAAUUAAUAUAUUUUAUCACGUCAAUCGGACAAAAAGUAACAAUGCAUGAUUGACCGGUAUAUCCAUAGAUAUAUCUUAUAUCCAUGUGUAAUUUGUUAUAAUAUAAUAAAGAAAAUGUGGAAUAUAAUGCUAAGAAAGUUAUUUAAUACUUUUAUUAAGACCCAAAAAGCGCAGAUUUACAAACAAUGGGGAUCAAGUACAAUUGCUUUUAAAAUAAACAGUAUGUGUACUGAUACUGUAAAUAUAGAUUCUCUCUCUAAAGAAGAUAAAGAGAAAAUACUCCAAGUGAUAAAUGUCAAAGGCACAGAUGAUCUACUGCAGUAUUCCAUUACUAAAAAGCGUGCACAGAAUUUAGAACACCAUCGCUCAAAUAAUGGACCAUAUAACUCAUUGGAGGAGUUAUUACAAGUUAAGGGUAUAAAUAACAAAUGUCUAUACAAGUUCUACAAGUCGAUCAUAUAUGGUAAGAAAAAGAGUCCAAGAAAGAUCACACGAGGUUUAGUCCUAACACCAAAAACUAUUAACCAGAAGGAUGUUAAUACAGUAUUAGGCAUAUACAUAGGAUCAGAUAUGAUAAGUUGGUCAUUGUUAAAUCGCGAUUGCGAAGUAUUACAAUGGAGCUAUAAGUGCUUUCCACAAAAUAGGUUCAAGGAAAAUAUCCAUUCUUUACUUCAAAUAACAUUACCAAUAGCUGCAAAUUUACCAAAAGCUGAUCGAUAUAUAAUGCAGGAGAUUGUUAGUAAUAUGGGCUAUCACAAGGACCGGCCGCUUUAUCAAGCUUAUGUACAAGAGUCUGUGAUAACCGCUAUCAUUCUGUCAUACCUAGCAACAUCAAAUAGCAAAUUAAACAGUACCGCAGAAUUUGUAAUAAAUAAUGUCUUUAUACUGCGCCAGCGUAUUUUACCAAAAAUCUAUGGACUUGUAGUUGGUAACGAAGCUAUAGCUACAAAAUAUGUGAUGGAAAAGUUACUGCAAGAGAGCGAUAGAUUAAUGGAAACCAAAGAACGCCUGCCGAGUGUAUUAAUAAAGACAGAAUUAAGAAACAUGUAUAACGCGCAAAGUCCUGCCUAUCAAGAGCAAAUUAGUUGGUCUUUAUUGAUAGCAUUAGCUUUUUUAGAAUUAGUUGUACAUCAAAGAACUGAUAUGAUCGUUCGUAGCGACGUGUAAAGUCUAUUACUUAUUGUUAUCUAAUAAUGUCAAGAAGAGAAUGAUGUUAAUAUUAUCGAUGAAUUUAUUUUGCAAAUUGAUAUAUAUAAUUGUUAACAGCUAAUAAAAAGGAUAUUUUUUGUAAUUUUCAAUCUGAGAAGAAAAGGUAAAUCCGAAAUUAGCGGUUAAAUUUCCUUGUAAUCAAGGAAUAGACAUGUCACAAGACACAUUGUCUUAACACUUCAAGUUGUCUGAUAUACGUUUGAUAUAAAUAUAAAUAGAUAACACACAAAAGGAUCUUUUCAAAGAUAUUUAUAUAUUUCUAAACUUUCCAAUAUAUGUACGCGAAUGGAUUUACCUAAUUCUAAAAUUUUAAGAGUCUCUUUCCUCUAGGUGAUAAAAGGAAUUGGUAAUUCUCGUAAUGAUCAAUUCUCGUAACACUCACUCGCGAAUGUUGUAUUUUGUGAAAACAAUUAUUUAUGGAAUUGCGAGAGAAUUACGAGUGCGUAAACCUGAGAGAAUUACCAAUAAUAAUAAUAAUGAUAAUAACAAAUACGAUAGACUGAUAGACUCUUUCUGUACAGGUCCAUUCAUUUAUUAUAUUCACGAUUUAUUAUGCUAUCUAUUUAUAUACCAAGUGUGUAUUAUGUUCGCUGCUCGGAUAUAAACUCGCAUUCGUUUAUUUUAUAUGAGAUUUUGUAUAGCGUAUCGCGCGGCAUUUGCGACAAAAAUAGAAUUAUUCGGGCGAUGUUUGCAAAACGAUCGAGCGAGUAUACGAGAGCAACACGAUGAGCGGUGGUUGCCUCGCGGAUCCGAUACGAGAAGCUUCUUGAUGAAAUGUAAUAUAUAGCUUCAUAUAUUCUGUACAUUUUGUACAAAAUUUUCUUUCGUACUGAAAUGCAUGAUAUUCGAAUCACGGCUCGUGAGAUACAGUUAUAUUUAAACGCUGCUGUUUAAUUGAACAGUGAUACUGUGUGUAAAAAAGAAAAGCUUGUGUACAAAAAUGGUGAUCAAGCGUAAAGGGAAAGACACCAAAUCUUUAUUUUUCAUUGUAUGUAUCUGAGACUUGACUUUGGUUUACAACCGCGCUUAGGCUCCAUCACGAAAAUACGUACAUGAACGUAUCCGAGUUAAGCUUAUACGCGACGAGACGUGUCCACGUAAGGGUAUCGCAGAAAGAAUUUGGAAGCUGUUUAGAGCUGAAUGAAUCGUGAAGCCUGAGAUGUGUGUAUAUAUAUAUAUGAACAAUAGACUGCACGAGGAUGGCCAUAAAAAGGAUUGUGACAUGACCUAAUUUGGAAGUAUAUCCUUGUUCUAAUAAACAGAACACGCGCACUAUAAUUUUUAAAACAGCGUCCAAUUUUCUACGACAUCCUAUGUAUGAGAAAAUAAUAAUUACAUCAGCUGUAUGUAUGAAUAAGAUUAUUCGAUUAAUCCUGACUUUUCGAUAUGGCUGCGCGUGCCAAAUCAGUAUGUGUUAUUGCACGUACAGAGAUAUGUAUUUACCGCCAGAAGUUUACUUUCAAUCUUUUUCCGAUUUCUUAUCGAGCAGAAAAUGAAACGUUAUAAAAAACAUAUUUAGUUAUAGAAUAUCUAUAAGAAACAUUAGCAUAAUAAAUAAUAAUUUAAAUUAAGUCUAAAUUAAGAUUUAAAUAAAAUUCCAAUCAUUGAUUCUAACGAGUGAUUAAGUAAUUAUAGACGAGAAUAUAUCUGUUUGCGAAGACGUUAUCAUUUGCACGCGAAUCAAUCUGUGACGAUCAGAAAUGAUCUACAAUCGUAUGAGGAGCGUGAUUAGCUGUUAAGUAUCGUUAAAUUCCAGGCAUGUAAAAAUGAGCACGGAUAUCUCUAAUUUUUAGUUAUCGAUUGCCUUCUUGCUCCAUAUAACGCAUAAUUAUUACAAGCAUUGGAAGUGUCUCUGCGGCGAGAGAUUUAUUUCAUAUAAAUGAAUUUUAUAUUAUUAAAAAAGAGAAGAAAAAAGACGCAUGGACGACAUGUGAUCGCGCAUCUUACAGAUUUAUAUUACAAAGCGUGCGCAAGUACUCCGUUUAAUUUACCCUUCGUCCUUCGAUUAUAUAUAUCUCCGGGUUAUAUCUAUGUAUUAUACGUAGAUAAACUUGUGCUGCAUUCACAGAGCAUACAGAAAAUCUUUAGUAAAAUCUAUUUACCUCUCGAUAUAUAUUAACAAAUUAUAUAUGGACAUACAUUUGCAUUGUAUCAUACAAUAAAUCGAUCCGUCUGCAUUGCAUUUGGCUCUCGAUUACUCCGAAUCGCAUCGCCGCCAGAUUUUAACACAAUUUAUAUAAUUAAAAUGAUACCCGAUCAGACCAGCUGGAAACGAGUGUCGACAUAUAUACUGAUUUUAUUAUAUAUAUAUAUAUAUGUAUAUGUGUAUAUAUACCUAAUAUAUAUAUAUAUAUUAUAUGUACACACACACAUGCAGAGUGUCUCAUAUAGGUAGAAUACAAUUCGCAAAUUUUUUUGCCGAAGGAAAAAGCUUACAUUUUGACAAAGAAUACAAUAGUAUCGAUCUGUAUCCUAUCUAUAUGGAAACACCCUAUAUAUAUGUGCAUCUUUCAUUAUACAAUACUAUAACAUAACACAUUGCGAAACAAGGGGCAUUAAGUACGUACAUUACUAAUUCGUAUAAUUUACAACACUCUGUUAUAACUAGAAACGUCCCUAUUGCAUGCAUAUGUAUAAAAUCAAUUCAGUUUAAAUAUACAGUUCAGGGAAGGGUCGCAUUUCAAAUAAUAUUAUCCGACAAUAUAAGGUACAAGAAAUUUUGGAUAAUAACGAUAGAUCCAAAAGUUCGAUAAAAAAAAUUCUUUACGAAAUGUUGUUGCGUAAAACGAGUCUACUUCGAUUAUCUCGCAUUUAAAAAGAAGACUACGCAUCUAUAUGCGGAUUUCUUUUUUUAUCGUUUCUUCUUCUCUGAAGAUAUAAGAAUUUUUAACAUGUUAGAUAGAUAUGUUAUUGAACGGGUUACAAAAUAUAGGAAAUACUUAACAAUUUUACUGUUUGUUUCAAACGAUACGUAUAACUCAACAAAAAACAAGAUUAAUUUUUUCUUACAUCACUAACGGAACACAGAGACCAUUCUGAUGUUAUAUCCGCUAUAUAUAAUACGUCACGCUUCGAGCAAUAUGUGUAUACACACAUUUUAUAUAAGGCUAAUUAUAUAUUCUAAAUUUAUUCAACAUUUACAAUACAAUCAGAGAGAUUUCUCUUUAUCAUGCUUUGGUUCGAAAAUAUAAUAUAAAAUCGGACAUAAAACUGGGACACGCAACAAAAGAGAGACAUAUAUAUACUUCUGGGUUCUCGAACGUCCCAAUUUCCCGUAACUGCAUACUCUUUCCUUUCGUUCUGUUCCAACUGCACAUAACGUCUGCAACGCGAUAAAUUAUGCCAUUUCUAAAGAAAUUUAGAGAAGCAUAUAAUUUUCUCUUGCAGUAAAAUAGUAAUAUUAUCGGCAUUCAAGUGUGGGGAAAAGAAAGUGCAGUAUGUGAAUCAAGAACGAAGAAAGUGUCGAUAUUUUAACAAGAUAAUGAGAGAUUAUUCUAAAGAAAGAAAGAUAAAAUAUAUAAGACUACCACAAGAUACUUUCAAUCAUACAAGCGUUCUCAGACGAUGACACCGGACGAUUGUCGGCACGCAAUCGAGUUUAAGACUCGUAUUGCUUCUCUUAGUAUUAGCAUUAAAGCAUGUGACUUGAGAAUUAAUUGAAGGAUUAUUUUGUCAGAUUUUUCUCGAGCCACGUUUAGGACUAAAUUCGUAUAAUUUAUCUGCCAUGCACGUAUUCGUGAAAAUAAUACAAUUUAAAAAUCACAGAGGCAGUAAAGUUAUUAAAAUGUAACAUUUUAGAACUCGGUAUAACGGGUGUACAUCGGGGAAGAAUUCAUAUCAGCCAUACGAUGAGAGAAAGAAUAUUAGAGUAGAAAGAAGAAAAAAUAAUCGCAAGCUUAAUUGCUCUUUGAAAUUGGUCCGAUGCAAAGUGCAUUGCGUUACGUGCACAAUAACAUUGAUAAUACAUAAUUGCUACAUUUAAUAAAUCAAAUAUAUUAAAGAAAUAUUUCACGUGCACAUAAGGAAAAAUUUAAAUUAAACAUGUAAAAGAAAUAAGUGUUACUGGCACUUAAUUAGCCAGUUAUAAAUAUUGUUAUCGCGAUCAAUUUAUCAAUUCUCUGAUCUUCAAUACGUGCUACUUGGUCGGAAACAUUUCUCUAUUAUGUCACAUGUCACUUUGGACUAGAAUUGCAAUUUAGCGGGUGGGCUGAGUCAAGCGCUCCGAAUCAUUGCAAACACAACGGAAGAGAGUUUCGAGUCAUUUCAAAUAUUAUUUAAAAUUGAAAACUCUUGAAAUGAUUUUGAUAAACAGCAACUACAAAGGUCUCGUUUUAAGAAGUCUCUUGAAAUAUUCAUAUUUGUAUUAUGUUUGUUAAAAGUUUUAAAAAUUGUAAAUGGAUACAGCACACGCGAAAUAUUAUUUAAAUUUGAGAUCUAAAAUAAGAUUAUACUCUCUGCAUAAUAUUUUUUAUGACAAUGACAAUGGUAAUUUAAUUAUAAUAAUUCAUAAAUGCAAAUAAAAAAUGUGCUUUUUUAAACAUUGAUACAUAAUUUAUGUUCCGUUCAAUAUCCAAGAAUGUCCAGACUUCCUUCAGACUUUUUUUUUUAAGAAAAGUUAUUAAAACAAGAGAAGAUUCUUUUCAAGAUAUAGUCAAGAUUAAUCAAAAAUCCUAUUUUCAAUAAUAUUCAAAAUAACUCGAAAUUUCAUAUUGAUUCAAUUGCUUGAAGACUGACAAGACGGAAAAUUGAAUGCCCAUUGCUGGAUGUAGCACAUGUGAAUACAUAACUAAUACACUGCUGGUUUAAUGAUAAAAUAUUGAAACAAUUUCUGACACGAACUUAUUAUCACAUGCGUACCAAAUUGAUUCAUAUAUUGAUUAUAAACUAAUAAUGUAAAUGAUUUUUAACUUAAACGAAGAUAAUGGAAUUGUGGCCAAAAUUAUAAAUUAUAUAUAAUAAGAAAAAUUAUAGAGAAAAAAGUUCUCGUAUAUAUUUACACAAAUUUAAUAAGAUAUUUUAAUAAUUUUAUCCAGCAGUGUAAAUCGCGGAUAUAUAACGAAAUCUAUAUCUUCGAUUCUUCAUAGAUCUUCCCCUCUUUAGAAGUAAAAAGGCGAAGAUCCAGUGUGCGGCACAGUAAGGCAUACUACUGUUACGAUAUUUAUCCAUAGGACAUAUUUCGGUAUAUUGCAUUAUCUUUAAUGACGAUAACAUGAAUUAUACAACUAUCGAAGAGUGUAAACUAUCGAUAUAAUAGCAACAUAAAUUAACAAAUUACUGGCUCGAUCGUCACACGCGCAUAUCCACAUCCACACUCGCACAUGAAAGACAA